GCUAGCGGAGCCGCGCGAUGAGAGGCAGAGCCUUGCCAGAGAGAGGGCCAAUCGCACGGGGCAGAGAGUGCUGGGGUUUCUCGGCUGCAAUCCGCUUGGAGGAGCCGGACCAUGGCCAUGACCUCGAGAGCGCUGCUGCUCUUGCGGAGCGCGGUCAGGGUUGACCGGAGCUCCAGGGUUCGGGGAGUCUCCGCUAGUUGUUCUCUGGGGCCGCCGGCUGCCUGGAGGGAGCUGAGAUCAUCAAAGGGAGGACACCAUCAUUUCUGUACUACUGCUUCUCAGAGCCUCACCUAUGAAGAACUGAAAAAAUUGCUGCAUUCCAAAUCCAUUUUGCUGAUUGAUGUUAGGGAUGCAUGGGAAAUUCUGGAAUAUGGAAAAAUUCCAGGGUCGCUCAAUAUACCACUAGAUGAAAUAGGUCAAGCUCUACAAAUGGAUUCAGAGGACUUCAAAGAGAAGUACCAACAAGAAAUGCCUUCUAAGUCUGACAACUUGGUGUUUUCUUGUCUAAAGGGAGUGAGAAGCAAGACAGCACUAAAUACUGCCUUAUCAUUGGGUUACAAAAGUGUUCUACACUAUCCUGGAGGCUGGAAAGAAUGGGAAAGCUACGAAUAUCCAGAGAAGAAACAAUGACAUAACAAUGAAUUUUGAAAUCCCAAUGAACUGUUUCGAAGACUUUUUAAAGUAAAUUACAUUAUAAAGAGGUGACUGGGUAGAGUUGGAAAAAAAAAGGAUGAAUCAAAGGAUUUGAGUCUUCUAGUUCUAAUUGUGUGACCUGGAAGAACUCCCUUUACUCUUUCUGAUCCAUCUUCUUGGUAUGUAAAAUGGCUAUAAUAAUAUCUAUUCUGUCUGAUUUCUUAGGGUUGUGGUGAAGAUCAACUGACAUAAUGUAUGGGAGACCUAAUGGAUUAAAGAUGUGUAACCAUAAAUUUGUACAUUUUAAGGACUUCAGGAAAAUACUGUCCUUUUCAAAACUGAACAUGUUUUGAAGAGGAAAAGGAACAGUUAAAAAAGUAAAUUUUCUACUUCAAUUUUAAGGUCAUUUGUAAAGAUCAGCCUGCAAAUAAAGUGUUAAUAUAAUUAACCAGCUAAACAACUGUACCAUAUCCAUGAAAUUUUGCACUGAAUUUUGUGAUAAAUUAUUAAGAGUAAUAAAGUUCUAUAUUAAC